AUGUUGGAAAUUGCAAGAAAUUCAUGUGAAGGCAAUUCCCACAAUCUGCCGAACCAAGCCGGAUUUAAGCCCAAUUGCAUUAAAAAGAGUCAGAAGCGCAAUAAGCCACUUCCAACAUUCAGUUUGCCAGCAGUUAGGGCGCCAUCUUCAUACGGUGAGAUCGAGCAAAUGUUCAAAGAAGUGGCAAAAAUUGACGAUUCUGUUGGAUAUUUCCGAGACAUGCCACAAAAAAACUACCAGAAAAUAAUCAAGGAGAUUGUAAAUAAAAAAACCAUGACUUGUGAAGAUACUGCUGAAGACAAUCCAUUGGCUAUUAUUAUAAAUAAAAAUGAUCUUGGAAUUCCUAUGAAAAAACUCAGGCUCUCAUAUAAAGAAGUGUUUUUUGAAGAGUGCUAUGAUAUUAUUGAAGAAAAUGAGCCAGAAUUUGUAACUGAUCUUGAAGAGUACGAUGAAAAUAAAAUCACGAGCUUAGAUUAUAUAUAAGGAUCCCCCCCCCUCAUUAGUCGAAUUUUCUAGUCUUUUUUUUAUAAGAAUUUUUUUUUUUCAGGACCUCAUUUGUCCCAAAAUCUAGUCAAAAAUGAUUUGUCCAAUUUUCUAGUCUUUUUGGAUUUUUUCGAAUGCCCUAAAUUCUAGUUUUUUACUUUAAAAAAAACUAGAAAAUGAGACAAUUGAGGUCCUGAAAAUUUUUUUUUCUCUAUCAAAAUUUUGACUAGAAAAUUGGACAAAUGAGGUCCAAAAAAAAUUUUUUUUUUCCUAUAAAAAAAACUAGAAAAAUGGACAAAUGAUAAAAGACUAGAAAAUUGGACAAAUGAGGGGGGGGAUCCUUAUAGGCAUAAUGUUAUUACUAAUAAAUACUACUCAGCUAGUCAAGUAAAGAAAGAUUUAGAAACCUUGAUCAAAAAUAAGAUGCUACAUACACAGUCAGAUUGUGAAAGAAUUUAUAUUAGGGCAUUUUGAAAAGAGGCUAAGAAAGUGUUGGAAGAAUCUGAUAUAAAAAUAAGAGCAUCUGUGCUUCUUGAUUGAAAUGAAGCCAUAAAAGUAAAUUACCUAGCAGCAAAGGUAAAUGGACCAUGGUUCAAAGGGGAAUACGCAAGCAGAAAAUAUGAGAUUAUAGAGGAUUAUGUAACAUUAGAUAAUGGAGAAACUUAUAAAAGAUUGGCAACAUCUAAGAAAGGUCAUUGCAAUGGGAUUGAUUGUGAUUCAUUUGAUAAUCUUGGGCCUUAUGAUUUAAGAUCAGGAACAUGAAUAUCAGAAAAUUCUGAUCGUAAAGAAAAAGUUGAAUGUAGCAAUGAUUGUGCAUGCUCGCCUGAUCAUUGCCUCAAUAGGCAGCUAUCAAAAUCCCAAGGACCGAAACUAGGUUUAGAUGUGGUGGAAAAACCCUCUUGGGGGUUCGAUGUUUACACGUAUAGAAGUAUUCUAGGGUAUAUUAUGCAUCCUAUCACGGCAGACUCUUAUUAUUUUAUUGGUACAAUUCUUCCCAAAGCUAUAAACUCAGUUGCAUCAAAUAACUGAGAUAUAAGAGAAUCAUUGAAACUUAUCAUAAAUGACAGAGACAACAUUUUUACACUUAGGCAUAAAAGAUAUUCCCAAGGGCUUCUUAAUGCUAUAAGCAGCAUUUCAGAAAUAAUAGGAAGCGAAGCAGCAUUAUCAGUAUUUAAAAUCCAUCCUAAAGGAACCGGCGUUUUCUGCCUCAGAAAGGAAGGGAUCUCAAGAAAUUCUUUGAUAGUAGAAUAUGUAGGAGAGCUCUAUUCACCCGCUUUGUGAUUUGAAAAACAAGACGUCAUAAAGCAUUUCAAUAAUUCAAUGAAAAAUAGUGUGAAUGCAACUGAAAGCGUUCCGGAUUUCUAUAAUAUUAUGCUAGAGCGGCACUAUGAUGACCCUGAAGGAUAUGAUGUGUUAAUUAUCGAUCCAAUCGUAAAAGGGAGUUUUGGAAGCAGACUAAGUCAUUCUUGCUCUCCAAAUUGCGGAACUGUGACAAUGAUUUCUGAAGGAAAAUACACUAUAGGGAUAUAUGCUUUAAACAAUAUUUCAUACCUAGAUGAGCUUACUUUUGACUAUAAUUCUUUCACCGAAAGCAAAGAAGAGCACCUACAAAGCGUAUGCUUAUGCUCCUCAUCUAUAUGUCGAGGCUACUAUUUGGCAUUUGCUCAAAAUUCUUCCAAUUCUGGGUAUUCUUUUUCUUUUCUCCACAGAAAAAGUUCAAUUAUUAAAGCAUCCUAUGGGCAGUUUUCUAAAGAAGAUUUAGAAAUCUGCAGCAAAUAUCAUAUUCGAAGCGCGAUCCUAAACAAAUCUCCUGAAUGAUUAAAGGUCUGGAUUUCUUUAACAGUAAGAGACAUUGAUCUCGAAAUAAACUUGUUGGGCAGUGAAAUUGAAAAGAAAAUUGCUCUUGACGCAAGACUUCAAAACCUUGCAAUUACUAUUGAUAAAAUCAAAUAUUGUUUGAGCAAAACUUCUUUGCAUAUGCCAAUUCGGGUGCUGACUUCUGAGCAAGCUUUAGACUACAUUUGGGGAAAUGAGUCAAAAUCUGUCAAAAAUCAGCUUUUAGAGCUUCAACAGAGAUUCAGUCUUAAUAUUCUUGAUUUAUUGCGCGAGGACAUUUAUGAGCUGGACUCUGCAAGAAGGCAACUCUUAAAAAUUCGUGAUAAACUAAGGAUUGAAUUACCAACUCGAUGAAUCGGUGCAGGAAUUGCUGAUAUGAUUCAUCUAAUUGCUUAUACUCAAACCUUUUACAAAGAAAAUAAAUACGAAUCAUUUGAGUCUGAUUUAAUAACGAUCCAUCCUUGCGAAGUCUCUAAAAGUUUAACUGAAGAGGUAAAUAAAACAACCCAUAAGAAGAAAUAUUCUUCUUACUAUGUCCAUGGUCUUCUCAAUGGAUGGUAUAAGCAGUGCGUAGAAAAGCCUAAUGCUGUUUUAGCAUCAGAAAAAAGAGGAACGGUAACAUUAUCCUCAAUUAAUGGAGCUUGUGACUUAGAAUACUGCAUAAACAUAAGAAAUAUCCUUUUGAAGCAUUUGAGGAAAAGGCCAAGCUCUCCUUGACCCAUUAACUCUCCCCCUCAACAAAACUAUUGAAAAAAUCCCUAGGUAUUAGGGUAAAGCCAACCUUCGUAAGCGAACCAAAACUUUUUUAUAAAUAAUGAAAUAUUGAGCAAAUUCGUUGGAUUUUAAGCAGUUUUCAUUUUUAAAAAUAAAUUUAAGAAAUAAAUUAAUUUUAGGUUUCCAAUACGCAAAUUAGGAUUUUUUUAAAAAAUUAGCUUCAUUAUCGAAAAAAUUUAUUUUGUUCGCUUAUUAGGGAGUAAGAAAAAUAAAUCUCCAUGGAGCAAUUACUCGAACCCGGCAAAAGUAUUUGGAUCUCCUAUGUUGGACUGCUUCUAUAGUGAUCCUGAAGCUCUUAAUCGAUGCCUGAACGAUAUUGAUAAAGUAGAAAGCGAAUGUACAAUUCCACAUUAUUUUUCUCCUUCAAAUGUAAUUAAUUAA